AUGCAGCAAAGGGCAUGUUUCAGUGCCAAGUUGCUGGCAGGGGACCCCGAGGCCCAAUGGAUCCUGGAGGAGGCAGGCUUGCAAGACAGGAUGCGACGGUACAUAACGACCGGAGGCCUAGGAUUGACCUUGGCGACUGGAAAACGCGGAAACAAUAACCACGAGAAGGCUGACGAAUCAUGGGAAAAUAUCACCAAUGCCCGCGUCGAGGAUGCCCUCGCCCUGCUCAAGGACUGGCCCACUUACUCUCGAGUCGCUGCUGUUCUGCGACACACGCCAAGCGAAAACCUUGCGGACUACAAGAUCAUCUCCCGCGAUCCCCUGCCAACCUGGACCUCUCGUUGUGGCGUAUUAUGGUGA